AUGUAUAGGACAGCUGGCGUCCUCGCUGCAAGGAAGAUUAUGGAAAACCCCUAUCUGACUUGUGUGCUCCCACGAGCACUGUCAGACGAGCUGAUUCUUCAUUGCGUCCUAGCCUUGAGUGCUGCUCAUCGAGCUCAUGAAGAAGACUCUCUUGACUUCAAAAGUCUCUACAGCAGACAUUACGUCCUGGCCCUGCGCCAGCUAAGGCGGGAGCUGUCUGAGGCUGUGGGCGCCAACGGCGAGGAAGAACUCCGUUUCCUUCUAGCCGCAAACUUAUUGGCCACGCUUGAGGCCAUAGGGGGCAACACACACGGUGCUGCAUUGUACCACCUCCGCGCCAGCCAGCCGUUUUUGUCAGCCGCACUUACUGCAUCAUCCAAAUCGGCCCAUCGAGAGCUUAUUUCUUUUCUGGUCGAAUCACACGCUUACAUGACUUUGGUUGCCAAUAUCACCUUUCCCAGCGAUAGUGUCUUGCAAGAUUUGCUAACAGAUCCUCUUCUUUCCUCUCUGGAGCAACUUCGUUCGGAGGGUACGUACGGUGUAAUGUUUGGAUGUGCACAUGGUCUAUUCCAACUCAUUCCAAGCAUAUACACCUUGGCGAAAACUCGAAUGCAAGAAACGGAACAUGGAGCGGUGUCCUCUGACGCCCUCGCCCAAUAUUCCUACAUUGAACAACAGAUUCGCUGCUGGCGAGUCCCCUCUGACCUCCAGGUUCAAGGUGAAUGGUUCGACCAACUGUCGACUGCUGCAGAAAUCUAUCGUCAUGCGUUGCUGAUCUUUAUGCACACGGCGUUUGAAUGCUCCCCGACAGCCACAGAAGAGAUAAUGAGGAAACUGCAGCCUGAAAUUGACGCAGUCUUCCCUCUGGCCCAGCGAUUGUUCUCUUAUGAGAGUUUUCCUCCUGUGGCGACUAUUAUGCUUUGGCCGGCCAUUAUCCUGGGCUCAUGUCUUCGCCGUUCAGAAGACCGGCGACUGUUGCGAAAUAUACUAUUGGACUUUCCUUUGAGAAUGGGAAUUGUCAAGCAGGCUGCGUCACUGCUUGAUUUACUCUGGAAUGAUGCAGCCGAUGAUACAUUGUUUGGGCCCAUGGGUUUGUACAUUGUUAUGGUCAAGAACGGCAUUAACUUCUGCAUGGCUUAA